UACCACAUUUUUGAAGAUCAGUUGUGGACGAUAUUUCGUGUUGAUCUGUUGUGCUUAAUAGAAUUUUUCAUCGGAUUUAUAAAAAAGUUAUCGGGAGUGAAAUCAUGCACACCUUUGGUUAUUUCAUAGUUGGACUUUUGAUAGUUGGUUGUACAAUUCGAGAUGUUUCAAGCAGAUCCAGACGGCCAUUGGAUCCAAAAUAUCAACGAAUAUAUGAUGAAAAAGAUAGUGAGAUUACUUAUCGUUUGCCAAAUAAUACGAAACCGGAAACAUAUGACAUUACAAUAACCACAAGAAUUGACGAGGGAUUAUUCGACUUUGAUGGUAAAGUCGCCAUUCAAAUAGUCGCUCUAGAAUCAACAAAUAGCAUUACCCUUCAUUAUCGCCAAUUAACGAUAACCUCUCAGUCAUUGCGUAAAGUCGACGAUAAUUCGAUGAUCGCAUUGGAUGAUUAUAAAUACGAUAAAACAACGGAAUUGUUGACUUUUCCUACAAAAACUCAACUGGAAAAGGAUAAAAAAUAUAUAUUGACCAUUGAGUAUAAGGGUGAAUUGCGAACCGACCGUGCAGGAUUCUAUCGAGCAUCUUAUGUCGAUGCAAUUGGUCAAGAAAUAUUUUUCGCCACAACGCAAUUCGAAUCGACAGAUGCUAGACAUGCAUUCCCUUGUUUCGAUGAACCAGCUUUAAAAGCACAAUUCACCAUUCACAUCAAUCAUGGAACUAAAUACAAUGCCAUUUCAAAUAUGCCCGUAAAAUCAUCAAACGAUGUAAAUGGAAGGAGAAUCACCGAUUUUGAGACAACUCCACUCGUUUCAACUUACUUGAUUGCAUUUGUUGUGUCGAAGUUCAAGUAUACUGAAAUUACGGAUGGAAGCGGCAACGCGACGCUACAACGUGUUUACACUAGUUCAAAUAAGCUCAGUCAAACAAGUUACUCGUUGACAGAAGGAGUGAGCAUUUUGAAUGCCAUUGCAAACUAUUUGGAUGUACCAUUUUCAUUGAAAAAAAUGGAUCAAGUGGCUAUACCGAAUGAUCAUUUUGGUGCUGGCGCAAUGGAAAACUGGGGUCUAGUGACAUAUCGUGAUUCAUACUUGUUAUACGAUGAGAAUGUUCAUUUAUCAUUCCGAAAAUUUGAAAUAUCAACCAUAAUAUCACAUGAAUUCGGGCAUCAAUGGUUUGGAAACUUAGUAAGUCCACACUGGUGGACAUAUAUCUGGCUAAACGAGGGCUUUGCCACCUUUUUCGAAUACCUUGGAACUGGAUUGGUGCACGCCGAUUGGGAUGUUUUCAACUACUUUGUUGUCAAUGUCGCCCAAAGAGCUCUCCGUUAUGAUGCACAAUCGACCACACGUGCAAUGAGUACCUAUGCUGAAAGUCCAAAUGGAAUAAGCAAUCUAUUCGACCGGAUUGCAUAUGACAAAUCCGGUGCGGUGUUGCGAAUGUUCUGGCAUGCGCUCACUGAGAAUACAUUCAAAAAAGGUCUCAACUAUUAUCUCAUAGAAAACUCAUAUAAAGCGGUCGAAGAAUCGAAUUUGUUCGAGAGUCUCGAAAAAGCAGCCAAAGAGGAUAAAACUCUUGAUUCAUCAAUGAAUGUUACAUAUUUAUUCGGUACAUGGUCGAAUCAAAAAGGGUUCCCAUUGUUGAAAGUGUCGAGAAAUUAUGAUGAUGGCACCGUAUUCCUUGAGCAAGAGAAAUAUGAUAAAGUGGAAGCAGACGCGGAUCCAUCAUUAUGGUCAAUACCGUAUAAUUUUGCAACUGCAAAUAAUCCUGAUUUUAAUACGACCACACCGUACGGAUGGUUAAUCACUAAAAAUCAAACUUUGACACAAAGUGACAAUGAAAAAUGGUCAAAUAAUGAAUGGCUUUUGUUUAAUCGUCAACAAACUGGUUUCUAUCGCAUUUUAUAUGAUCAACAAAAUUACGAUUUGAUUAACAAACAAUUGAAUUCAGAUGAUUACACAAAAAUACACGAAAUCAAUCGAGCACAGUACAUUGAUGAUUUAUCUGAUUUUGUGUACAACGGUCGACUUUUGCCGAAAGUUCUUUAUGAUGCACUGAGCUAUUUGGAAAAAGAAAAAGAAUAUGCACCGUGGGCAGCAGCACAACGUUCAAUUUCACAAUUGGCUGAGAUUCUUGAUUUGAGCGAAAAGUUUAACGAACUUCAAGAGUUUGUCAAAAAAAUCGUUGAACCAUUUUAUGUGAGUAAGAAGCUUGAAGCCACCGAUGGCGAAGGAUUUUUUGAAAAAUACUCAAGAAAGAUUGCCGUCAAUUUGGCGUGUCGCUUUAGUAGUGCACAAUGUCUCAAUGAAACAUACACAAAAUUACGAGAUUAUCUGGACAAUGAAAUAAUGCUGGAACCAGAUGUGCGCGGUCUCAUUUUUGCCAAUGGAAUUCGUCAAGCCACUUUAUCCGAUGUUAAUGGUCUGUUCAGCCUUUUUUGGCGCACCGACUCAGAAGAUGUACGCAAAGAGAUGAUUACAAGUUUCGGAAAUAUUCAAGAUGUAACUAUUAUUGAGACGCUUCUAAAUGAUACUAUUGCUGAUAUUACAUUAAAAAAAUCAGAUCGUUUGGCAGUUGUACAAUCCAUUCUUGGUGGCAGUAAAAAUGGACUUUUACUUACAAUAGAAUUUCUACAAACUGAAUUGACCAAUGUCGAUACGAAAAUCGGAUCCGUCAAGUCUAUUUUAGCAUCGAUGGCCGGAAAGAUAACAACAAAAACAUUACAAACAAAGUUCAAUGCACUUUUGGAUUUGGCGAAAGAAAAAGGUCUGUGCGAUGACAAUGAUAUUAUAAAUUAUCAAAAAAUCGUCACCGAAAAACUUGAUUGGGUGGACAACCAUCAAAAACACUAUGAAGAAGGUCUAAAAGAUGGAACUGAACCUCCAUCUCCCCCUUCCUCAAAUACCGUUCUUAUUGUUGUAGUCGGGCUUUUAAUCGGUGGAAUUAUAGUCGUUGCAGGAAUCUGCUUCAUUCGUUGGAAACGAAAUAAGCAAUCAGAAUAAUGUGCAGAAAUCAUGCGCACAUAAACACGUGUCUAAAUCGCAAAAAAUUAAAACACAUAAAACAAGUGCCAAUUUUUAUAAUUUAUAACGCCAUAACGCUUUAUUUUUAAUAGUUUUUUUUUGGAAUAAAUUAAAGCAAAAUUAACUUGUCUUAA